AUGGUUUGGAAGCCUAAGUCCGUUGAGAAGAAGCCAGAGCCCAUCAAGCAAAAAGAGUCCAUUAAUGAAGUCUCAAGCCCACAUACAAAUCAAGACAAAGAGAAGAAGAAUCUAGAUGGGAAGGAGGAAGUUGUCAAGCAAUGUCUCAAAAGCAAAAGUAAUCACAGCUGUUCCAAUGGAGAAAUUGUGUUGACCAAUAGGUUCAAAGGUUUAGAGGUAGAGGUGAUAAGGAUCAAAAUGGAGCUCAGUUCAGAAAAGUUAAUUGGGAAAUCUGCGAAAACUGCUGCUAAAAUCGAAAAGAAUGUGCGGCGCUAUGAUAUUGUGAAUGGAGCUACUGACGUUGAAAGGGCUCCAGAGGAUACUAAGAUAGACCAAGGAGACGAAAAAACUGCAGAAGCAUGUUUUGUUUUGAGAUGCUUCCAAGGAACUGCGACAGAAAUUGAUUGGUAUCCUAGUAAAUGCUUAACUCAGAAGAUUCUUAAGAAGAAGCCUAAGAAAGGUGCGAAGAAUGCUAAGCCAAUUACCAAGAAUGAAGAUUCUGAAAGCUUCUUCAACUUCUUCAAUCCUCACCAAGUUCCUGAUGAUGACGAAGACAUUGAUGAGGACAGUGUAUGA